CCUUCGAAGCUCUUUCUUUCAUUUCAUGGUGGAUUGUAAUUUUCAGAAACAUUAGAUUUCUAUAAUCGAAGGUUCCCAUUUCAGAUUACGGGAAUUUCAUCUCCUGUAAUGGCUUUCAUUUCCAGAUCGAAACCCUAUCAGGCAAGAGCAAGGGUUUAUCUCUCGCUUCCCAGAUCGUCUGACUCGUCUCUCUUCUCACUCCCCCGUUUGUUCAGCUCAGUCGAAGACAUCCAAACUUCAGGAGACGCAAACCCAGAAACCCAAUCCGCAGAUGCAAAGCCCGAGACUAAGAAUCUGGGUUCUUCAACGGAGACGAGGCCGCUCAGGGAGAGAUUCCAACGAGGUAAGCGUCAAAACCAUGAAAAGCUAGAGGAUACAAUUUGUAGAAUGAUGGAUAAUCGUGCUUGGACGACACGUUUACAGAACUCGAUUCGAGAUCUUGUACCCGAAUGGGAUCAUUCUUUAGUGUAUAAUGUGUUGCACGGUGCUAAGAAGCUUGAGCACGCUCUUCAGUUUUUCCGGUGGACGGAGAGGUCUGGAUUGAUUCGUCAUGAUAGAGAUACGCAUAUGAAAAUGAUUAAGAUGCUUGGCGAGGUUCAGAAGGUUAAUUACGCUCGGUGUAUUUUAUUGGAUAUGCCUGAAAAGGGUGUUCCUUGGGAUGAGGAUAUGUUUGUGGUGCUCAUUGAGAGUUAUGGCAAAGCUGGGAUUGUGCAAGAGUCUGUUAAGAUCUUUCAGAAAAUGAAGGAUUUGGGUGUGGAGAGGACGAUUAAGUCAUAUAAUACUCUGUUUAAGGUGAUUAUGAGGCGUGGUCGGUAUAUGAUGGCGAAACGGUAUUUCAAUAAGAUGGUAAGUGAAGGUGUAGAGCCAACUAGGCACACUUAUAAUCUAAUGCUGUGGGGGUUCUUUUUGUCGUUGAGGUUAGAGACUGCUUUGAGGUUCUUUGAAGAUAUGAAAACUCGAGGGAUCUCACCUGAUGCUGUUACGUACAAUACUAUGAUCAAUGGGUAUUGUCGGUUUAAGAAGAUGGACGAGGCAGAGAAGUUAUUUGUAGAGAUGAAAGGGAAUAACAUUGAGCCUAGUGUUGUGAGUUACACCACGAUGAUUAAAGGAUAUCUUUCAGUAGACCGAGUUGAUGAUGGUCUGAGAAUCUUUGAGGAGAUGAGAUCUUCUGGUAUUGAGCCCAAUGCGACUACAUAUUCGACGGUGUUACCAGGUCUGUGUGAUGCAGGGAAAAUGGUGGAGGCAAAGAACAUUUUAAAGAAUAUGAUGGCGAAACACAUUGCUCCAAAAGAUAACUCGAUCUUCCUUAAGCUUUUGGUUUCUCAGAGCAAAGCUGGGGAUAUGGCAGCAGCCACUGAGGUGCUCAAAGCCAUGGCUACACUGAAUGUUCCAGCAGAAGCAGGACAUUACGGUGUCUUAAUUGAGAAUCAAUGCAAGGCUAAUGCAUACAAUCGUGCUAUUAAGCUUUUAGACACGCUACUUGAGAAAGAAAUCAUAUUGAGGCAUCAGGAUACUCUGGAAAUGGAGCCCAGUGCUUAUAAUCCAAUCAUCGAGUAUUUGUGCAACAAUGGCCAAACGUCGAAAGCAGAAGUGCUUUUCAGGCAGCUGAUGAAAAGAGGUGUUCAAGACCAAGAUGCCUUAAACAAUCUAAUCAGUGGGCAUGCAAAGGAAGGAAACCCGGAUUCUAGUUACGAGAUUCUGAAGAUUAUGUCGAGGAGAGGUGUCCCUAGAGAAGCAAACGCAUAUGAGCUGCUCAUCAAGAGCUACAUGAGCAAAGGUGAGCCUGGAGACGCAAAAACCGCACUAGACAGCAUGGUCGAAGACGGGCAUGUCCCAGAUUCAUCUCUUUUCAGGUCAGUUAUUGAGAGUUUGUUUGAGGAUGGUAGAGUGCAGACAGCAAGCCGUGUGAUGAUGAUCAUGAUAGAUAAAAACGUUGGCAUUGAAGAAAACAUGGAUUUGAUUGCCAAGAUCUUGGAAGCUCUGUUAAUGAGAGGACAUGUAGAAGAAGCCCUUGGACGUAUAGAUCUUCUGAACCAAAACGGACACGCAGCAGAUCUGGAUAGCCUCUUAUCUGUCCUUAGUGAGAAAGGAAAGACGAUUGCAGCAUUGAAGCUGUUAGAUUUCGGGUUGGAGAGGGAUCUCAGCUUAGAUUUUUCGAGCUAUGAAAAAGUCUUGGAUGCGCUUUUAGGAGCAGGGAAGACACUGAAUGCGUACUCGGUUCUGUGUAAGAUCAUGGAGAAAGGAAGUGCAACAGACUGGAAGAGCUCUGAUGAACUUAUCAAGAGCUUGAACCAAGAAGGGAACACAAAGCAAGCUGAUGUUCUUUCUAGAAUGAUCAAAAAGGGACAAGGAAUCAAGAAACAAAACACUGCUUCUUUAUAGAGACGUAACAAGUGAUUGAUUCUUUCUUUAGCUCUUCUUUUUUUUUUGUGUUUGUUCAAGAACUUACAGUCUUCUGUUAUCCAAAUAAAUCCUUUUCUGAAACUUGAGUUUUGAAGGAGACGUUUGUAUAAUCAGUUCUUUUUGGUAGAACUGUAUUGUUUUUGUUUUCUGGUUUUAUUUUUGGUAGGAUCUUACAGUCUUCUGUGAA